AUGUCCCAUUUGACCCCUCCUAGUGAGGCUGAUAGUCCUGGCGUCCGCGGCCCAAAAGCUUGUGUGACUUGCGCUCGCGCCAAGGUCAAGUGUAUCUUUGACGCAGAAGCAAUCAUCUGCACGAGAUGUCGACGUCUCAGGAAACCAUGUGCCGUACAAGAGCCCGGUUCUCAUCGGCGAAAAACAAAGGCUCCCUCCCAUGUAGCGAGGAUCGAACGUAAGCUGGAUGGAGUCGCCGCCAUUCUUGCCACUUCCAGUCAAGUUGGUGGCUCGCAACUGCGAGGUCAAGGUCUCCUGUUUGGGUCCGUCGGUCCAUCGCCUCUGGACCACGUCAAGCAGGUCCUGCGAAGCGAGGACGAAGAGUUUUUCAUACUCAAGGCAUACUGGACGCACAUGGCGCAGUAUUUCCCCUUUGUGGUCAUUCCGCCAGACAUGACACUGGAAGAGCUCAAGACGAAGCCUUUCCUCUUCAUGACCGUCAUGACAAUAGGUUGUCGACAUCAUAUCGAGCGUCAAACGUCGCUGGCGAAGAGAGUCCGGGAAGUGAUUGCUGAAAAGGUCCUUCUCAGAGGAGAGCAAAGCCUCGACAUACUUCAAGGCUUGCUGGUUUAUCUGGCAUGGUAUCACAUACAUUUUCCUCUGGGCUCACAGCUCGGGAACCUCGUUCACCUCAUCAUGGCGCAAUUGAGCGACUUGGGUCUCAACAGGAGCCCAGAUCCACGAUAUCACAAAGGGCUUUUUGGGACGGUCGGAUACUUUCGCCCGGAAUUCCCGGGUCCGAAACGUACUCUGGCCGAGAGGAGAGCGUACCUUGGAGGGUUCUAUAUCUCUACGUUAGUGUCCAUGACCACACGCGAGAUCGAACCUAUAAGGUUUUCAGCUUAUGCCGAAGAGUGCUGUCAAUUACUCGAGGAAGAAAGGAAGUAUGCCAGCGACGUCUUCCUGGUUCAUCUGGUCCGCAUCGCUCGCAUGUCCGGGAGGAUCACCCGUACCCUUUCCCCGGACGACUGGAGCACUUCUUCCACCAUCUCCGCGCCGCCGAUAGGGGCGUAUGUCACGGCCCUGCAAGCAGAGCUGCGGAGCAUCAAGUCGAGCUUGCCACCUUCGGGUACAAUUCUAGAAGAUAUUCUGUGGCUUCAUUACUUUUUGAUGGAGAUAUACCUCUACGGGGUCGCCGUUCACGACACCAACAGCAGCGCCAACUAUGGGGAUUUCCCCAUGACCCGACUCAAGAUGCUCUUCGCCUGUCUGGGCUCGACCAAGUCGUUUUUCGAGAAGUGGUACUCCAUCCCCAUCUCCGUCUAUUUCGACUGCAGCUACUUCCCGUGGAGCCUCAUGGGCCACGCGAGUGUCGUGCUGUCCAAGUUAUGCCUCUACGAUGGAGAAGGUUGGGAUGCGGCGUACGCGAGCGACACGAUCGAUUUCUGCACCACUAUGGACACCAUGAUGGCGAAGAUGAAAGAAGCCAACGCGGCAGCAGAACGAGCCAUGUUAUUCCCCAACCCUGGCGCGCCUUCCGAAUCGUCUUCGACGGUGCCUCCUGUCUUCGAAAACAUCAAUCCCAAGAUGCAGCGGUGGAAAGAGAUACACAAUUACAGGGCGUCCCAAACGAGACAGCAGCAACAGCGAAAACAACAGUCAAUGUCGGCGUUGUCGGCGGGCGGGGCUGAGGCCCCCAUUGCUUCAACCGCCGCUACCACCACGAACGACGAAUUCCUGUUCCCUGGCGAGACGAGCCUGAUGGACUUUUUCGACGAUAGCUUCUGGCCCCAGUUUCCAACAUGCUCGAUAAAUACGGAUUAAAUGGCGAUAAAAUAUUAGCCGGGAUCACAACAGCCGUCGGUUUUGCGGUACUCAAGGCCACAUUGCCGAGACUACUUAUCUGUUUCCUCCUCCCCCUUCCCGCGAAGAUCUGAUUCGAUGGGAACACUACUGCCUGUGCUCCCCCUCCUCCCACCCACUACGGCCUUGCCACCUUCGCUCUCAAUCUUGACGCCUUCUUCUCGGAGCGCCUGCUCCUGGGCCUCUGUGAGUUGAUCCAGGUCGAUGGUGAUCUGCGGGCCUCUGAACCACUUCCGUGCGUCAAUGGCAUAAUAAAGCAGUGCCCCGCCCCAGACUGCCGAGUUGAUGACACAGGUGUAAUUCAUAGACUCCGCGUCCGGGUUCGGUCCACCCACGGGGAACAUGGCCAGCAAAGUGCCAAAAAUCAAGAACAGGACCGCCAGCCAGGCGAUAGGCGUGGAUAGUUUACCCGUGUAUAUCGGCCCUGGGCUGAACUUCUUCUGGCCCCAGACGACGCGGCAGAAGAUGGGUGUACCCCAGGCCAGGUUAUUCCCGGCAACUGCAAGUGAGAAUAGUGCCGAUGCGGCUGCAGGGGCGAUCAGACACAACAAGCCGAGGACGGCGGCCAACACGGCACAUCCGACGGUCGUGCGGACGGGGAUAUAUCCGAACGUUUUCGAUAUGGGCCGGAAGAAGCUUGAAAAUGGCAAGGCGCCAUCUCGCGAGAAGGCCCAGGAUUGACGAGAAGCAGCAACGAGAAUCGAGAUGCCCAUCUGUAGGGUACAAAAGUCAGGACGCUUGAGAUCGAAGUCUGGCGCUCUCUACUUACCAGGAAUUGGACAAUCAUCAAAAGGGACAUGAAUCCCAGUGCACCGUUUUUGCCGAGGGCGUCAAAGUAUAUCUGUGCCAUGGGCUGGCCAAAGGGCGAACCAAGAAUGUGUUCGAGAUCCUGAGACAUGCAGGCAGCGAUUACGAUGCAGCAGAUCCAGCCAAAGAGCCAGCACGAGCCGAUCGAGAACAGAAUACCAAAUGGGACGGCUUUGACGGCGUUGGCAGCCUCUUCACUGUAUGGACGUUGGAAAUCUUUAUGUCUCUUUCCUCCCGCAAGACGUGGACUCACCUGAUAUGCACGGCUGAAUCGAAUCCACCAAUGGUCCAGAUCGGACUGAGCCAAGAGAGCAUGAACGCCCAGCCAGAUGGCCAAGUCGUGAGAUUCUCGACAUGGGUGAAGAUGUACGAAGCACUAUUUCGUGAGUCUUUGGCUCCAAUCGGCAAGGCGAUGAUGGUGGCGAAGAUGAGUACAAAGUUCAUCACCACAAAAACUGUCUGGAGCUUUCCCAUCACCCUGGCCAUGGUUGAUGCGAUUGCUCCGUGGCAGGCGACUGUCGCCAAAAACGUUCCGUAUAUUUGUCCGUUUGUCGGGGUCCAAUUACCGUCACGAGCAAUGACGAUGACUGAUAAGAACUGAAGAGCGAAACCAUCUGUGAAUUGAUCAGUUGCUUAUCACGCUCAAGGGGGCCGGAUAGAUAGAGUAUGCCUGGGUUUGGGCUAUGGUUUGGGCGCCAGAAAACAUACAAUCAAUUGAACAGAGACCGCCGACGAGUCCAAGAGUAUUGCUGUAUCCGACCAAGAAGCUCA